AUGAGCGCCACUGGCACUUGCAAUUCCCAUUCCGCGUCGACAGAUGGCAGAAGCGCCAUCACUUCGGUCAAGCGGCGAGUCCUUAACCCGGAACAUAAACACGCGCCGUGGCGAAAACAAAUGGCUGCCACGGGAGCCGCCGGUCGCCCCGGCCGCCUGGUUCAGUACGUGGUGGUCCGCUCGGACCUGGUCCACAAGCUGUCGUGGCCGCUGGGAGCCGUCAUCGCGCAGGCGUGCCACGCCGCCACGGCCGCCGUCCACCUCCACUACGCCGACUUGGACACGCAGAGCUACUUGGCCGAGCUCGACGCCAUGCACAAAGUGGUGCUCGCGGCGCCGGACGAGGCCGCCCUCUUUGGUUUGUCUGAGCGCCUGACCCAGGCCGGCGUGGGCCACAAGCUUUGGAUUGAGCAGCCCGAGAACGUGGCCACCUGCCUGGCCGUGAAGCCGCAUCCCAAAGAACUGCUGCAGCCGCUGCUCGGCGACUUCAAGCUCUUCAAGUGAUCUCUUACCGGAAAACAUGGCUGCCAUUGUGAUUGCAUUGUAUUAAAAUAGCUUUUCAAUGUU